UAAUCAGCUCGCAGCUGUUUUAUUGUGUUUGUUUUUGUGGCAUAUUUUCACUCAAAUUUGGCGUCUAUUUGAAAAACCUAAACAAACAUAGACAGAUUGUUAUUUGCUUAAGUAUUUAAGUAUUCGGCAUUUAUUCAAAGCAUGUACAACGCAGAAUGCAUUGCCAUAAAGGAUAUAAAGCCUGGUCUCAAAAACAUAAAUGUUAUUUUCAUAGUGCUUGAGGUAGGCGUGGCGACUGUGACCAAAGAGAAUCGAGAGGUGCGCAACUUUAAGGUGGGCGAUCCCACAGCCAGCAUUAACGUGUCCAUCUGGGAUGAGCCCGGCAAACUGAUAACACCCGGCGACAUCAUCCGGCUGACCAAGGGGUAUGCGUCGAUUUGGCGGCACUGCCUCACCCUGUAUUCGGGCAAGAAUGGCGAGGUCUUCAAAAUUGGCGAAUUCUGCAUGAUAUUCAACGAGGCGCUCAACAUGAGCGAACCCAAACGGGCCGAGCCGUCGUCAGCAGUUCCCCAGGCCGGACUCGGUGCCGUUGUGCAGACGCCUGUUGUGGCGCCUGUGGGCGUGGCCGCUGCCGGCGCUGUCCAGCCGCCAGUGGGCACAGCGCCGACGGUGGCUGUGCCGCCCACCAUCGUAAAACAAACGGGUGGACGCGGAGGACGAGCCGGAGCGGCUCGUUCUGGCGGCCUGAAAUCGGAACGCAGAUAAAAUUGGAAAUGAGGCUAAAAGGCAAACGAAUUAUUAAAUUAAGUGAAAUUUUUAUUGCGAAUAGUAGUGAACAGUUUGAAAAGUC